GUCCCAGUAGAUAAAGGUGCCCCGGUGGCUGCGCUCCUAGCUAUCCUAAUGCGAGCACUCCUCGCCAUGUCCCACUACAGCAUGCUGUUCGCUUGGAUCCUCUUUGCCCUCCUUGGAGUGGCUCAGAAAGCAGAAGGCCAGGCCAGCUGUGACUUCAUCGUGCCUCGGAGAGAGUGGAAUGCCCUGGCUUCCGAGUGCACCGAUCGCCUGAGCCUGCCCGCGCGCUACGUGGUGAUAUCGCACACGGCGGGCAGCACCUGCGACUCCCCCACCACCUGUGAGCAGCAGGUCCGGAACGUGCAGUUCUACCACAUGCGCACGAAGGGCUGGUGCGAUGUGUCCUACAACUUCCUGAUUGGAGAAGAUGGACAUGUCUAUGAGGGCCGGGGCUGGAACAUCAAGGGUGCCCACUCAGGUGCCAACUGGAACUCCAGAUCCAUUGGCAUCUCCUUCAUGGGCAACUACAUGGAGCGGGUACCCCCAAGACGGGCUCUCCGGGCAGCCCAGAAUCUGCUGGCCUGUGGUGUGGCUCAGGGAGCCCUGAAAUCCAACUACCAGCUCAAAGGACACCGGGAUGUGCAGCAGACGCUCUCUCCAGGCGACCAGCUCUACCAGAUCAUCCAGACUUGGCCACACUACCAUGAGUGAGGGCCUGCUCCUUGGCCGCCCCACCCCUCCCGCAGCC